UCUAGAUAAAUUUUUUUUAUGGGUUUGUAUGAUUUUGGGCAGCAAACGGGUAUGGAAGGACAAGGGGAAGUAAGGAUCGAAGAAAACUAUGAAUCGAGCAACGUUAAUGGAAGAAGAAGCAGAGAAGACGAACACGAGAGCAGAUCUGGCAGUGACAAGAGGGGCGGCGGCUCCGGCGACGAUCUCGACGCCGCCGACAAACCGCCGAGGAAGAAAAGAUACCACCGCCACACCCCUCAGCAAAUCCAAGAACUCGAAUCUCUGUUCAAAGAGUGCCCACAUCCAGAUGAAAAACAAAGAUUGGAGCUAAGCAAAAGGCUUUCUUUGGAGACGAGACAAGUGAAGUUUUGGUUCCAGAAUCGAAGAACUCAGAUGAAGACGCAAAUCGAGCGGCACGAAAACUCGAUUCUCCGGCAAGAGAACGACAAGCUCCGAGCGGAGAACAUGUCGAUAAGGGACGCUAUGCGCAACCCCAUCUGCACAAACUGCGGCGGUCCCGCCAUGAUCGGAGAAAUCUCGAUCGAGGAGCAGCACCUCCGAAUCGAAAAUGCCCGGCUGAAAGACGAGCUGGACCGCGUCUGCUCGCUCGCGGGCAAGUUCUUGGGUCGACCCGUUUCCUCAAACGGGCCGCCCAUGCCCAAUUCGAGCCUCGAACUCGGAUUCUCCCUCCCGAUGGGCCCACACGAUUUUGUCAAUAGCCCUUUGCCCGUAAUGCAACCGAAUAAUAAUAAUAAUAAUCCAAUUAAAGGAACAACGAUCGAGAGGUCUUUGGAGAGAUCUAUGUAUUUGGAGCUUGCUUUAGCUGCAAUGGAUGAUUUAGUGAAAAUGGCACAAACGGAUGAUCCGAUUUGGAUUAGGAGCAAUAUUGAAGGUGGGAGAGAAGUAUUGAAUCUUGAGGAAUAUUCUAGAAGCUUCUCUCCUUGUAUUGGGAUGAAACCUAAUGGAUUUGUUACCGAGGCAUCGAGAGAAACGGGCAUGGUUAUUAUCAACGGUUUAGCUCUCGUCGAAACUCUAAUGGACUCGAACAAAUGGGCAGAGAUGUUUCCGUGUAUAAUCGCUAGAACCACUACGACAGACGUGAUAUCAAACGGUAUGGGAGGAACAAGGAAUGGUGCACUCCAACUGAUGUACGCGGAGCUACAAGUUCUAUCACCAUUAGUGCCCGUUCGAGAGGUCAAUUUCCUCCGGUUCUGCAAACAGCACGCAGAGGGUGUGUGGGCCGUAGUAGACGUAUCAAUCGACGCCAUUCGCGAAAACUCCGGCGGCGCUCCAGUUAAUCCACACACACACCAGCUCAAGAUUUGUGAUUUCGGAAGUGCAAAAGUGUUGGUACUCGGUGAACCAAAUAUAUCGUACAUUUGCUCGAGGUAUUAUAGAGCACCGGAAUUGAUAUUUGGAGCCACCGAAUAUACGACUGCAAUUGAUUUGUGGUCAGCUAGUUGUGUUAUGGCUGAGCUACUUAUGGGCCAGGAGCAUUGGUCCAUCCAUCUAGAUGCUGAGGUUCGAGUUUUUUACGCAGCCAAGCAACAAAUCCAAUCUGUCGUCUGCUGA